AAGCUCCCCUCUUCUCCUCUGUCGGAGCAUAUAGCCGAAGAACAAACAAAUCAACGGCACCCAAGCAGAGGAAUAUGAAUUUAUCAGAGGAAUGGAAGUCAAUGUGGCCCAUCUCCUCCGUCUUCUCCUCCCCCCUCCUCCUCCUCUCCGGCGGCGCCUACUCCUCCCCCUCCAAAUCACAACUAGGCCCUCUCCUCUUCAACCCCUCUCCCCAAACCCUAACCCUACUCUUCUCUUCUCCCUCUCUCUCUCCUCUCCUCCCUCCCCCUUUCCCCUCCCUCUCUCUCCCUCGCUUCCUCUCCACCACCCCCUCCUCCUCCUAUCCCUUCUCUCUCCUCCCCUCCACCGCCUCCUCUCUCUCCUCCUCCCUCCUCCCCCUCCCCCUCCUCCACCCUCCUCCCCUUUUCCUCCACAACCGCCUCAUCUCCCUCCGCCUUCCCUCCUCCUCCUCAUCCCUCCUCUUCUUCCCCACCGGCCACAACUCCGAUCAAGUCGGGUUUCUCAUGCUUUCCGUAAAAAAUUCUAACUUGAUUCUCAAAACCCAUGAUUCUGGUGGCAUUUUCACUUCCAAAAACAAGUUGAACCAUCAGAUUCUUCGAUUGUUGGUUAGCCCUGUAGCUAAUGAAUCAUGGUCUGGUUCAGGUAAUAAUAAUUCUUCUGUUUCUGUUUCUGUUUCUGUUACUACUAUUGGGUAUUUGCUAGCUUGUACUAUGUAUGGUGUUCAUUGGUUUAGUGUUAGAAUUAGGGGUUGUCUCGGUUCGGAGGAUUUCGAGAGGCCUUGUUUAGAUUUUAUGGGUAGUAAGUUGUUUAAGAGUUGUUGUGUUGUUCAUGCUUGUUGGAGUCACCAUUUGCCUGAAGAGUGUGUGGUACUUUUAGAGAGUGGUGAAUUAUUCUUGUUUGAUUUAGAUUCUUGUUCUAAAAAUGCAAGAUUUACUGGGAAAAAGCUGAGGGUGUCGUGGAAAAUUUUUACUGGUUUGGGAAAAGGCGGGUGGUUGAGCUGUGAAUUUAGUUGGCAUCCGAGAAUUUUGAUUGUCGCUCAUUCCAGUGCUGUUUUUCUUGUUGAUUUGAGGGCUGAGGGAUGCAAUAUGAGUGUUUUGCUGAAAAUUGAUACGUUGGCUAUGUGUAAUUCUGUACAAAAUGAUCGAUUUGUUGUGCUUUCUAAAGCGGGUUCCGAUGGUUUCUGCUUUGUAGUGGCCUCUGACCAUUGGCUGCUUCUUUGCGAUGUGCGGAAGCCAUUUAUGCCAUUGUUGCAAUGGGCACAUGAUCUUGCUAACCCAUCUUACAUUAAUGUGUUUCCAUUGUCUGAGUUGAGGUCGCAUUCUAAGGAUGAUCGUUUUAAGUGGGCUUCUGAGUCGGGUUUUUGCAUUAUAAUGGGAUCGUUUUGGAACUGUGACUUUAGUCUUUUUCGCUAUGGACCACCCCCUAAAGGAACUAUUGUAUCUGAAAUUUCAAGAUUCUAUAAAUCGUUUUAUGCAUGGGAUCUCCCUUCAGAGCUCUCACUGUCAGGUCGUGAGUGUCACUGUGGAAGUUGUCUUGUGAGAGAAGAGUUCUCAAAGGAUGUUCUUCCUGAAUGGAUUGACUGGCGGCAGAAGAAAGAUAUAGUUUUGGGUUUUGGCAUCCUUGACAGAGAUCUCCAUGCCGAAUUGUCUGAACAGGAUGGUUUUGGUGGUUUCACACUGAUUAGGCUGAUGUCUUCCGGGAAGCUUGAAUCACAAAGAUACUGUGCCUCAUGGGAAUUCAUGAAAGUGUUGACUGAAGCGCACGAAGAGCCAUCUCUUCAUUUUGAAGAUACUCUUUUAUAUGCCAUGGGUGAAGGGGAUUACAACUUUCCCAAGAGAUUUAAGUACCUGAAUCUUGACUACCUCAAUGGGUACAUGAAAGGCAAUCUUACUGAACUUCUGCUUAAAAGAAUGAAAAAUCCUUGUAAGGAUCCUUGUGAAAAGAGUUCCUUUAGUGUUGCAGAUUUCCAUCAAUGUAUAUGUGAGAAGUUAAAGGCAUGUGGAUUUAGUAGAUUAAGAUCAUCUCCUACUGUUUCUGAUGUGUUUGAAGACAUCCGACUGCUAACCAGCGUACAUGAGGUUGCUUUACGGAGAAUUUGGACAAGCUUGCCUGCAGAUCUUUUGCAGUUGGCCUUUUCUUGCUACUCAGAGUUCCUUGAAGUUCUUGUAGACCACAAGAAGGUGUCCCUGGAAUUCCUAGACGUCCCCAGCCAACCCCAGUUGCCUCCUUUUGUCUUCCGGACACCUUCGUUCCGUAGCAGUAAGUGGUCGCAGAAGGUGCAGCCUAGUACUGGUUUUGUGGGUCCAGUUCUUCCCACUCCUGUUUUGCUUACUCUUCGCAAGUUACAUGCCGAAGCAGAAACAGAUUUAUUGUCAGCGAACGAUGAACUUAGCGACCAGUGCAAUGAAGUCAUACAGGUGGCUAGUGAAAUGGCUCUAUCAGGUUCCAGCCUUGAUGACCAUAAUGACCAUGCUGUUUCACUUGGUGACAGUAAAGAUGAAAUAUUUUCUGAUACCCAAAAAGUGAAUCUUUUUAGUUUACAUAAACCAGCUGCAAUCUCUUCUAAGUUUUCUACCAUGGAUCCUAUACCAGAGAAUUCUGUUUGUAACAAUGAGAGAUUUACAACCUUUAUUUCCAAAACACCUGAAAAGGGGGUUGUCCCCAACAGCCAAAUGGAGAUGGUUGGACCAGAACUUUUUAAUUCUUUGUCACCAUUAGAGUUUAAGUUUGAUGAUCAUACGAUAAACUUUGGGCCGGAGGAAUUGAAAACGUUCAAAUUGUUGAUGAGACAGUACUCAAAUUUUUUGACAAAGCUUUAAUACAUAUCAGGAAGUUCUUGAGAGUUCCAACUUUCAGAAACAAGAAGACCCUGGAUAUUCUUUUUCAUUUUUUAUAUUUCCUAACAUAGAAUUGUAAGGAACAAAAAAAGUGUAUAGAGCUAGAACAGAAAUUCUGUUGUAUAUUACAUCCAGAAACAGGCACAAGAUAUGAUAAUUUAAUGAAGAGGGACUUCUUAAAGAAUUGUGGAGACAAUAAUAAAGAAUUGUGGGGACCUUCUCCACAUGCAUGUCGCAGAGAAAGAUGUGCUUUAUGACAUGGUGAAAAUAGUGAAGAAGAAGCCUGACUUUCAUGUGAAAGAGAAGAUAUUGAUUCUAAUUGAUACUUGGCAAGAAGCCUUUGGUGUGCCUAGGGCUAGAUAUCCACAAUACUAUUCUGCAUACGAGGAGUUGUUGCGCGCUGGGGCUGUAUUCCCUCCAAGAACUGAAAGGUCUGCACCUGUAUUUACACCCCCACAAUCACAGCCUCUAACAUCAUAUCCACAUAAUAUUUGGGCUUGAGGAUAUCAGCAAGAAGCGGCUGAGUCUUUUGCAGAGGCUGAGUUUCCAACGUUGAGAGGAAAGAGGAUUUGAAUCAGCACAGACUAAAUGUGCUAGUUUGCACUUGACAGAAAUUCAGAAUGCACGAGGUAUUAUGGAUGUUCUUUCAGAAAUGCUGAAUGCAAUAGGUCCUGGGAACAAAGAGGGGAUUAGACAGGAGGUUGUUGUUGACUUGGUGGAUCAAUGCCGCACAUACAAGCAAAGAGUGGUACACCUUGUUAACUCGACUUCGGAUGAAUCACUGCUAUGUCAAGGACUUGCACUGAAUGAUAACUUGCAGCGACUACUGGCCAAACAUGAAUCCAUUGCCAAAACAGAGAAACUGAAGCCUGGACCUGUUCAAGCACUGGUGAAUCUGGAUGCUCCUCUAAUAUAUACAGGAGACAGUAAACAGUCUGAUGGGGGAUCCACCUCCAAUGCUGGUGCAGGGAAACAGCAGCAACUUCCUGCCACUAAUGAGCUGCCAACAAUUUCAACAAAGGUUAAUCCCAAAAUGGACCUUUUGAGCGGAGAUGACUUCAACUCUCCUUUGGCAGAACCCCAGACCAGUCCUGUAGCUGGUCAGCACAAUGCCCUCACUCUUGUAGAUAUGUUUUCUCAAAUUAACAAUAAUCAACCUGCUUCUCCAGUUGGACAAGCAUACCUCUCAUAGCCACAAUAUCAGCAGCAUCAGAAUAUUCAAUAUCCACAAACCUCAGUUUACCCCAACGGAAUUGUCGCAAACAUGAUGGUACCUCAGUACGAGCAGUCACCACUGACAAGGUGCUAAUCCUGCCUGGAAUGGACAGAUGUCCCCCCAUCAGCAGCCACCUUUGCCAGUCUAUGGCCCAUAUUGCAAAGUUAAAUCAAAACAUCAGUAUUCCAUACACACAUCUCGAUAGGUGGUCAUACUGCUGGCACGCUCUCCAUGGUAACGAGAAUCAAUGGCAACAGCUAUAUAUCCACGCGAAGCAUAUGCCUGAAACAAUGGAAAAAUAUAGGAUGAUCUCUUGUGUUAACAAAGUCUAUCUGAUGAAAACUGCAGGUCUGAGAAAACCUCAAAAUAGGUACCUCAAGCAAUGGCCGUAACCACUCUUUGCACUUAUGUGUGCUAUGCAAAAAUACUACAAAUGGCUUCCUUUGAUGACUGCUUUCAUUAAUGCUCAAAAUCAGCACAGGUAAGCGCCCUUGCUCUCCUGCCUACUUACAACCAUGAGUACAGUAAAUACAUUUCAUGCCCACAAUCAGCAAAUGUGGAGGUAUAAAGGAAUAGUUCAUUCGAUAAAGCCCAUCAGGUGCAUAGCUACUAUAGAAACUUCCACUACAUAAUU